AGUCCUCGUCUCCAUCCAUGGUGGUGGUCGUUGUCCUCUUCUCUCGGUUCUCGAGUUCUGUGGUUUCUCCCCCUUCCUCCUGUCAGUGUUUUGUGUAAUCCCUCGCAGUGUCUCGCAGUCAGCCCCCUCUCGCUCCUCCUUCCCUCCUCUCCUUCUAUUUCCUGUCAUUCUUUAUGUUUUUUUUUCUCUUCUUUUCUGGAGCUCAUCCAGAGACAAGAAAAACACGAGAGCUGAGUCUGACCAGCUGAGUACAACUCCUCCAAGUGCCCACCAACCAGCUCUUCCUCCUUCUCCAGAACCGAAGCCUCCUCGUCCUCCAUAACGUCCUCGCGAGGCCACCCUUCACACUCGGGAUCUUCUCCAUCAUCCUCAUCCUCACUCUUGUAGAGUCGACUCCCAGUGGCCUCGGGAGGGGGGUGGGUACCGAAUAUCACCCUUUAACCCUUCAUUAUCCAUGGCAGUACGAGGCGGGAGAUACAAUAUGGCUGCUCUAUGGUCAAUGCCGAACCAUCUUCUUGCCCUACAAGUUUUCGAAAAGUGUCCAAGUCCUUAAAGUUUCUUUGGCUGAAUUUUUUUCAAAAAUUUUUUUUUUUCCGAAAGGUAAAUUUUGGGAUUUUUCUUAGACAUGCCCUCCCCGAUCUUUAUCACGUUGGAGCUGAGGGUCCUACUUUCAGUAGCUGUUAUUCAUUCCUGAGACGCGCCAGGUCAACCGCUUCAAAUUUUGGAGAAAAUUUUGGAAAUUUUUAAAAAAUUCUGAAAAUGUGUAUUUCGUAGUCUCUUUUUUUUUUAGGGUGGAUAUUUGUAGUGGCGAGGGGGAUGUGGGACCAUAGAAGGAGUUAGAAAUAAGUGACAUCAAUGUCUCGCUGGAGUAAGAAAAGAACGGGCAGAGGCGCUCUGCUCCCACUGCUACUCUUGGCACUGGCACUAGGGGGCACCUCUCUUCUCCUGGCCUCCCUGAAUCUGCUGCUGACCACCACCUCCUGGGGGCAGAACCUGUGCCAAGGACGGGCACAGCAACAGAAGGUGCAUCCACUACGAGAGCCCAGCACCGAUACUCAGAUUUAUUAUCAGAGUAUAUGGGAAAAACAUCAACUUCUGUAUCAAAAGCUGACAGAGGAUAGAAGACGUCACAGGCGUUCAGCCAAUGGAAACCGAAGGAACAAACAGAAUAAUCGUAAAUCUUCAGCCAUCACUGCUGCUCACUAUGAAGUUAAAUUGCCAAAAGGAGGACAACAGAUGAACGCAGAUGACAAUGGUACAAUCCUACACUGGACUGAAGUUCACCGAAAUUCUACCAGCCCAGUCAAAUAUGAUGAUGGAAAGGGAGAGUUUAUAGUCAAUGUCAAGGGAUUGUUCUAUUUGUAUUGCCAGGUGCACUUUAAUGAGUACCAAAUCAGCUACAUCAAGUUGGAUAUCCUUCUAGACAACAAUCUGAUAUUUCGCUGCCUGCAAGAGUUUUCUGCCACUGCUGCCAGCAUCCGUGACCCAAAACGGAAGACCUGUAGCGUUUCAGGGCUCGUGGUCCUUCGUCCUGGAAAUUACCUCCGCAUCAAAACUAUACCCAAAGUCAGCAUAAGGGUAGAGCAUUUCCUCACCUACUUUGGCCUUUUCCAAGUUCAUUGAGAGCUUUGUCGGUAGGGGGAGAGGAAAACCAGGAAGACUUUCCUUAACUUUGCCCAUUAUUAAACCGUAUGCCUGGUUUCAGAAAUUUAUUCAACCAUCAAAACAGCUCUGGAAUAUAGAACAUGGACACUCACCGUAAAAUAUCUGGUUGUUACUACAAAGGGUAGAUGAACGUUUCCACAAAAAAAUCAUAAAACAAGAUUCUUUCCAUGUAAAGAACAAGGACUACAUCACCAGCCACUGAGUCAACAAUAAAGCAGAACUUUCCACAAUGACUCCUUAUAUGAAGAGAAGGACAAAAUUCACAGGAAAUAUUACAAGCUCGCAGGAAGCGGAGACCGUUAUGAUCAGAGCAGAAAGCAGAACUUACAAAACUUCCCACAUCGGGAGUGGUUCAACUAUCCAGAAGGUAAAUCCGAUACAAGACUUGUAGAAGAUCUCUAAAGGAAUUAGUCCCUCCAUGCCAUAACUACUACUGGUUUAUGUUCCUGGUCACAUAUAGUAAAACAACUUCAUAUGUUGUCUUGAAUUAUUGAGUUUGAGUCCAGUUGACCAAUGGUGACUGUGUAACCAGUAUUCCUCUCCAGGCAUAAGACUGGGUGAAGCUUCUCUGUGACUAUAGUGUCCAUGUCUUGAUCCAAAUCUUCAAAGCCAUAAAAGUAUUUACCCAUCAGUUGGGACUUCUUACAUGUCCUAAAUAUGACAAAGCUUCAGUCUCGUCCUUUGAGCUUCAACUGGAAGGUUCUACUCCGUUAGGUCAAGAACGUGCUGUUUGGAUCUCUUACUAUUCUUGAUUUUCUUGGUGAAGAGCAAUCCCAAAGACUAUGCAGAGAUCUACAAAGACCUAACAAGCACCUUAAUUAUACAAAGUAGACUAUAUUAAAGGAUAGCAGGGAUUUAAUAUAUGUACUAACAUGGAGGGAUCAGGAAAUGGUCACAGGUCUGGUGUUCUUAGGAUAAAUAGUGAACUUUUUGUAUGAUAAUUUUGAUUCUUUUGUAUUUCACUCCAACCCACUAACCUUAUGGACUGUGUGGACUGUUCCUGAGCACUGAUGAUCUGUACAAGUCAUGACCUGAUAUUUGAUGAGUUUAUAUAUCACUGAUCACUUUCAAAUAAAAGUUAUAUUUUA